AUGUUGCUGCUGCUGCAAUGUGAAGGCCGGUUCCUAGAGCGUCCGUCUUCACAAGUAUUACCCAGGGAACUCGAUUUUGGGUUAGAAAAGAGAGAGGAUAUACCAGAGGAAUGCUUCCCAUUCUGCACCCCAGGUGCCUGCAGUGCAUCAUCUUGCGGCGUAUCAGAAAGCAAUUUGCUUGAAGGUGUCGAAUUGGCUAGCAACAUGACGGAUGAAGAUCUCAUUCCCAGACUUCUGGCCAAACGAAAUAUUUUUGGGCCAACACAAGAUGGAAUAACGCAAUAUCUUAUGGACCAAAGUAAGAAAAGCUCCAUUAAUACCAUCGGCCCUGAAUUCAUUGGUAUCUACGAAUAUCCCAGUUACUGCCUUCAGACAUCCUUUGCUGCUGCACCGCUCACUGAGGAUCAGUAUUUGGCGGGCACGGCUAAGAUACGGUUGACUGGCUGUACGGCGCUGGUGGUCGUAUCUGCCCGUGGCGUGUAUAUGUGUCAUUUCUGGGAGGACCUUCACUAUCCUCGCUGGUGGCCAGACAGGACCCGCCCUGACUUUACCUUUUUUCCGAUUCUCAAUAUGAUUCGUGGCGAGGGAGAUACCACAUAUGCUGUUGGCCCAGCGCUUGACACAUCCUUAUUCACAGGCGGCAAUGCUUAUGACCGUACAUGGGCGUUUAUCAUGACACCGCGAGGCUACCUCACUCACGAUGAUCCGAAUACGGCACAAUAUCCAUUGGAGCUAGAAGCCUUGUAG